UACAUAACAAUAAAAAAUGUUCUGUCUUGCCGGCCAUUGCACCUAAACUCGCCAACUGUUCUCUCUGUUAAUAACAUAUAUAAACAUCCUUUUCAACUUCAAAACUACGACUGAUUAAUAACUCCCUCCAAAGAAGGUCAACUGAUUAAAACAUCCUCUCAGGCUCAUUCUGCUACAAGCAUCAUUCAUUGGGUCCAUUCUCUGGUGUAGAAGAAAAUGGGUUCUUUCUCCAUGGAGGAUUUUGUUGGAAAUGGAGCUCUAAGAGAACUGCUACCGAAGCUAUUAGAAGAAGGCUGGGACGAUGUUCCAACCUUGAAGGUUAUGAACUCAGAAGAUAUGGAUGCAAUCAAUAUGACAACACAACAAAAGAUUGCAAUGGAGAUUAGGUCAUACCUGCAUGAUCGCGCUCUGAUCCAAUAUGGCGAUAAGCUGGAAGCCUCGGGGAAAUGUGUUCCAGAGCUGCUUAACUUAAGCACCAAGGACCUGUCAUCCCAGUUCGGUAUGAAGAGAGGCCAUAUUGCUCGUUUCAUCGACAGAAUUGGUGAAUGUGAAGAUCCUUCACCUGCAAGUAAAUUAACCAGCACCCCAUCUGCAAAUAACAGCAUAUCUAGGAGUUUUAUGUCUGCCAACUCUAGACAGAUGCGAACAACAACAAAUCUUCCAUCAAGAAGUGAUAGUAUGAAUAAUGAUAAGACAAUUGAGAGUUCAUUGGCUUCUUUUAAGAUUAAAGAUGGAUACAUCUUCAAAGGCAUCGUUGCUGCAGCGCCAGCUGAGCCACGAGCAUGUGGCUGUGUACAACCUCCUCCAGUAAUUGACAAAGUUUCUCCCUACGCUGAUAUUGAAAACAUUUCCAUUCAGAAGCUAACUCCCACGUAUAAGAUUGGGUUGGAACGUCUGGUGAAAAACAAGACACCUCCAAUGAAAGCGUCAGAACUGUGGCGAGAUCAGCCAGCCGUGCUUGUCUGCAUCAGACGUCCUGGGUGCAUCAUGUGCAGAGCCGAAGCUCACCAGUUGUAUGCGAAAAAGCCCAUAUUUGAAGCACUGGGAGUUCAACUAUUUGCAGUUCUUCACGAGCAUAUAGAGUCUGAGGUGAAAGAUUUCUGGCCCCGUUAUUGGGGAGGUGCUGUGCUCUUUGAUAGGGGUAUGGAAUUCUUCAAAGCUCUUGGGGGUGGGAAAUUGCUAAAGGACAAGUUCCUAUCAGGAUUCGUUUUCAACCCACGAGCAAUUGCGAAUUACAAGCGUGCAAAAGCUUUGGGAAUCGAUCAAAACUUCAAAGGAGAAGGUGAAAUAAAGGGUGGACUUUUUAUAGUUGGCAGAGGAAAGAGUGGCGUUGCUUACCAGUUCAUUGAAAGGAAUUUUGGUGAUUGGGCUCCACUAGCUGAAGUAAUAGAAAUCUGUACUCAACUGCAGAGCAAGCUGCCAAGUAUAGGGGAGUAAUCCAUCAAAUCUUCAGAGGAACACAAUGAAAAUUUUCAUCCAUGAGUUUCAUAUUCACUUGAAGAUAUUUUAUUUGCGAUCAGAAUGUAAGGAAUAACUUCUAUGGUUUUGUUGUUACAGCAUGGCUUGUUAAAUAAAUAAAUAAAUAUAUAUAUAUAUUUGUGUAUAAAA